AUGGACCAUAGCUUCAGGAUCAUGAAAGGUCUGUACCUUUUGUUCUUACUCUCUCUGUCUGGAGUGGUGUGUGUCUCAAUUCGCUAUUCUUUGCCUGAGGAGAAGAAAAGUGGGUCUCUGGUGGCUAAUGUGCUGAAGGAUUUGAAGCUGGGACCAGGGGAGCUCUCUGCUCGCAGAGCCCAGCUGGUUUCCAAAAGCAAGAAGCAGUACUUCCAGCUGGAUACCCGUUCUGGGAAUCUCUUUAUAAAUGACAAAAUAGACAGAGAAGCUCUGUGUGGGAAAAUGGACUCUUGCUUACUGUUGUCUGAAAUUGUGCUCCAGAACCCUUUAACAAUCUACAGCAUUGAGUUGCAGAUAGAAGAUAUAAAUGACAACUCUCCAGCAUUCUCUCAAGCUGAACUUGACCUGUCUAUUCCUGAGAAUGUUCCCACAAAUAGUCGAUUCCCCCUGGAACCAGCCCAUGAUAGAGACUUGGGCAAAAACAGUAUUCAGAACUACACCCUCAGUCCCAAUGAGAAUUUUCACUUGGAAAUUCAAAGUGGCAGGAGUGGAAAGAAAAAUCUGGACCUUGUUCUGGAGAAACCACUAGACAGGGAGAAAGAGGCUCAAUUGGGGCUGACCCUCACAGCAGUUGAUGGAGGGGUGCCCCAGAGAACAGGAACAGUUCAAAUCAAUAUUAAUGUUUUGGACACCAAUGACAACUUCCCUGAGUUUACACAAUCUGAGUAUAUAGUGGGUUUAAAGGAAAACAGCCCUCAAGAUACUCUGGUCUUGAAAGUGGAAGCCAGAGAUUUGGAUUUUGGUUCAAAUGCAGAGGUCACCUACUUGUUUCAUCAGCUGCCUGAAGAAAUAAGGCAUUUGUUCCACUUGCAUCAAACAACAGGGGAGAUCACUGUUGUGGGUCCAGUGGACUAUGAAAAAGAAACCAGCUAUUAUAUGAACAUCAAGGCAACUGAUGGAGGGGGUCGUUCAGGCCACUGCAAGGUCCUGGUGGAAAUUGAGGAUGAGAAUGACAAUGCCCCAGAGAUAUCGGUCAUAACCAUCACCAGCCCUUUGGCAGAAGACUCUCCCCUAGAUACUCUGGUCGUGCUCUUCAGUGUCACAGACCAAGACUCUGGAGACAAUGGAAGGACCUCCUGCUCUGUGGAGAUGAAUUUGCCCUUCCUGUUGAAACCCACUCUGAAUAAUUAUCAUCAACUGGUGACCCAAAGGCCACUGGACAGAGAGAAAGUCCCUGAGUAUAACAUCACCAUCACAGCUACUGAUUGGGGCUCUCCUAGGCUCACUUCAAGAAGAACCAUUAGGAUUUUGAUCUCAGACAUCAAUGACAACUCUCCAGUGUUUGAAAAGGCAAAGUAUGAGAAGCGAGUGUGGGAAAACAACAUUCCAGGCUUGCUGAUGGGUUCGGUCCGUGCUGUCGAUCUGGACACGGAGCAGAAUGCCAAGGUGACCUAUUCCCUGGUGCCUGGAAAUGCCAGUGGUGCUCCCGCAGCCUCUUAUGUUUCCAUCAACUCUGAGACGGGGAACCUCUAUGUCCUGCGAUCUCUGGAUUAUGAGCAGAUCAAGGAGUUCCAAGUGACGGUGAGGGCUUCAGAUGGGGGCUCUCCUCCACUGAGCUCCGAAGUUGUUGUUCGAAUUGUGAUCCUGGAUGAAAAUGAUAAUGCUCCCUUCUUCCUCUACCCAGUUCAGAACAGCACCUCCCCCUUCAACGAGCUGGUUCCCAAGUCAGCGGAGUCCGGUUACCUGGUUGCCAAGGUGGUGGCUGUGGAUGGGGAUUCGGGCCAGAACUCUUGGCUUUCCUAUGAAUUGAUAAAGGCCACAGACCCCAACCUUUUCAGCAUAGGAGCCCAGAAUGGAGAAGUCAAAACCCGGAGACCAUUGACAGAGCGAGAUACCAACAAGCAGAGACUGAUUAUCCUGGUGAGAGACAACGGCCACCGUCUCCAGACCAGCACUGCAACCCUGAAUAUCCUUCCGGUGGAUGGCUUUUCAGAUCCUUAUCUGAAUAUUGCAAGUGUCAGUCAUGAAGCCGGUGAGGAAGACGGCUCCUUGACAAUCUACCUGGUGAUCUGCUUGGCUGCAGUGUCCUUUGUGUUCCUGAUUUGCAUCAUUGUGUUUGUUGUCAUCAAAGUGCACAAGAAAGACUCUAGUUUUAUCACCGCCCUGCCUCAGUUCCCACCUGCCUUACCUGAGAUCCCAGAAACUGGUGUCGAUUCUCAGAGUGGAUCCCUUUCCCGGACUUAUCACUACGAUGUUUGCCUAACUGGUGGAUCCUUAAGCAGCGAUUUCAGAUACCUUAGGCCUCUCAUUCCUGUUUUCUCUAUGGGAGACCCAAACGUUUCUGAGAAUCACAGGAUUUCUUCUGCCUCUCAAGAGGCUCCUGAGCAGGCAGAAGGCCAAAAACAAAGAGAACAGGAAUUCCUUCUUGAAAUACCAGAACAGACUCCCCUGAAUACCCGAUUCCCGUUGGAGCGUGCUAAAGAUGCAGAUAGAGGAGAAAAUGGUGUUCAGAAUUACAUAGUCCUAAUGACCAUUUUAGGUUGGAUAUUCAGAGUCAGAGCAAUGGUAGCAAAAAUUCAGAAUUACAAUCUCUACAAAGUGAAGAUACUGGAAAACAGCCAGCCUAGCACACGUGUCAUUAAAGCAGAAACAACUGACAGGGAUUUAGGUUCCUUUGGGGAGAUAAUUUAUCCGUUCGGCCAGGUGCCAGAAAACGUGCUCAUUAAAGCAGAAACAACUGACAGGGAUUUAGGUUCCUUUGGGGAGAUAAUUUAUUCCUUCGGCCAGGUGCCAGAAAACGUGCUCAGAUCCUUCAAGUUAAACGAACAUACUGGGGAACUUAUUGUUGCAGGAACCAUUGAUUAUGAAGAAGACAAAAGUUAUGCCAUGAACAUCAAAGCCACAGAAGGAGGGGGGCUGUCUGCUUACUGCAAAGUUGUUGUGGAGGUGCAGGACACCAGUGACAAUGCCCCAGAGGUGACUAUAACCUCCAUCACGAGUCCCUUUCCAGAAGAUUCACCUCCAGAUACUGUUGCAGCCCUCUUCAGUGUCACUGAUCAAGUCCCUGGAUAUAAUGGCAGAACUUCCUGCACCAUUGAGGCAAACUUGCCUUUCAUGUUAAAAACCACAGAGAAUAAUUGUUACCAGCUGGUGACCCAGCAGUCCCUGGACUGA